CGAUCAUGAAUCACAAGCACUAGUAAGAUUGUAGCAGUGCACCUAGUGGCCCAGUCCGCACCUAUUCCUUGCCUGUAUUUAUACCCGGUGGGUGCCAACUGUCUAGUUGAUAUCUGAGAAGCUUCGCUGUGCCCUUCGAUCUUAGCAAUCGCUAUUCUGAAACAUAACAUGUCUAGAGAAAUGUCUGAAGGCAUCAAGAACGGAGUGUUUCAACGCAACAACACCAAACCCCCGGCGGACAGCCCGGCUAUGCAGUUGUUUUCCUUGGCUGGUAAAACCGCAAUUAUAUCUGGCGCAGGUCAGGGGAUUGGCUUAACAGUAGCCAAGACUUUUGCGGAAGCAGGUGCAAAUGUGGCGAUUUGGUACAACAGCAACAGCAUGGCUAUUGAAGAGGCCGACAACAUCGAAAAAGUCUUCAAGGUCAAGUGCAAAGCAUAUAAAGUCGACGUCACCUCAUACGACGAAGUGAAGGUGGCGAUGGGAAACGCUAUCAAAGAACUCAACGGGCGCCUUGACAUCUUCGUGGCAAAUUCUGGCGUUUCCUGGGGGGAUGAGUCGUUUAUCGACUCGAACAUUGCGAGAUACCUUGAAGUCAUGGACAUCAACACCAACGGAUUUGUCUACUGCGCCCAUGUUGCUGGGAGUCACUUCCGCAGACAGAAGCAAGAGGGAACUACAUUGCAUGGGACUGAGCUCGAAAAUUUUGAAACCGGCAGCUUUAUUGCAACAGCGAGCAUGUCUGGCCACAUCGUCAACAUCCCUCGACAUCAAGCGGCGUACAAUGCAUCUAAGGCCGCCGUCAUUCAUAUGUGCAAAUCCCUCGCGAUCGAAUGGCUAAAUUUCGCUCGUGUGAACACUGUAUCUCCUGGGUUCAUAGAAACUACUAUAGCCGGACCGAUCGCAGAUGAUGUCAUGAGCGCGAUCAUGGACAAAGUGCCUAUGGGACGCUUCGGAAAAACAGUAGAGCUUAAGGGAGUAUAUCUUUUGCUUGCGUCGGACGCUUCCUCAUACAUGACGGGAACAGAUAUUCUUGUCGAUGGUGGUUAUACCGCACCAUAAGCUUGAGUUUAGCGUGGAACCAAUUACAAAAUGAACUAUGAAAGGCCUGUUCAGUACGCCUGUUAGUAUUUGUCGAUCGUCUAGUACGAUUUUUGCAUCCACUGGCUCGGGCCAUGCAAAUUUACAAGGGUAAUAAUGAGGACAAGAAUAAGGCUGGCGAUGACUAUGGUGGCAAACGCGGGAGCUUCAGUGUACAAGCACGAAUAAAAAUGCUGCACGGACUGAAAGAUCAAUAGACUGC